AUGAGUCACUACCACGACAAAAACGAUAUCUCCACUUUUGUGGAGUCGGGUUCUACCAGACCCGUGUCCGCCAGCUCCCUAGACUCUUCUAUCCGUCCCCAGUUCCCCGAAUCCCAUCUCUAUGACGACGAAAAGCCUUCUCCAGAUGUGUCUGUACACUCGCUGCCCAGAGACACAUGGUUCGAGAAGUUCAUCUACUACUCGUCUAAGGUCGACUCUCUAGGUGUGGAGCUCCGGGGUAUCCAGCGUAUCCCUCUGGAUGAACGAAAGAAGGCCGAUACCAAGGCGUUUAUCGACAUCUCGCUGUUUUGGAUCUGUGCCUGCGGAGGUCUGACAUCCAUGCAGGGCAUGAUGCUUGGUCCCCUGGCCUUUGGACUGUCUCUGAAGGACUCCCUGGUGUCCGGUCUACUCGGUGUGUUUCUGGGAUCCGGAGUGGCAGCCUAUGGAGCUACUUUCGGACCCCGUUCGGGACUCAGACAGCUUGUGGGAGCCCGAAUCUUUGCCGGCUGGUGGCCCACCAAGGUGUUUGCCCUGCUGUCCAUCAUUGGAGGCCUGGGAUGGUCAAUUGUCAACUGCGUGGUCGGAGGACAAGUUCUGGGCUCCGUGAGUGAUGGAAAAGUGCCCCUAGAGGUCGGUAUCACCAUUGUCACCGUCGUCUCUUUCUUCACGGCCGUAUUUGGAGUCCGAGCAGUCAUGUGGUUCGAAAAGGUGUUUGCGAUCCCACUCAACGUGGUCUUCCUGCUGCUCUACGUCUGUUCCCACAGCUAUUACGACGUGCACGCCAAGAGCCAGGGCACCCAUCUAACCAUUGCCGGCAACUGGCUGUCCAACUUUGCUGCCUGCUUCGGAAUCACAAACACCUGGAUGCCUUUGGCAGCAGACUACUACGCCCAAUACUCACCGUCGGUCAAAAACUGGAAGAUUGUCACCGUCACCUGGCUGUCCAUCUUCAUUCCCUCGGCCUUUGUAGGUGUUCUGGGCACUCUUCUGUCCACUGGAGUUAAUACCAACACGGAAUGGGCCGCUAUCCACGACAAGUGGGGCAACGGAGGACUCAUCACCGCUGGAUUUGCCAAAUGGAAGGGCGGAGGAAAGUUCCUCGUCGUUCUUCUCUUCAUUUCCAUCAUCUGCAACAACAUCCUCAACACUUACUCCUUUGCACUAUCCAUCCAAACCUGGGGACGAGCCGUCAUGAGAGUCCCCCGGUGGUUCUGGUCGUUCAUCUGUUGCUGUAUCUACUUUGGAUGUUCCAUGGGAGGACGAUACAAGCUGUCCGAGUACCUCAACAACUUUCUGCCCAUGAUCGGCUACUGGGCCCACAUCUUCUUUCUGCUCAUUCUGCUGGAACAGAUCCUCUUCCGACGAAAGAAGCUGCCCGUGGAACCCGGACAUGAGGACGAAAACGACCCCUACUACAGAUGGUACCUGUGGGACUCGCCCGAGAGACUGCCCCACGGAAUCGCGGCCUUCUGCUCCUUUCUUCUGGGAGCCACAGGAGCCGUUCUGGGUAUGUCUCAGGUCUACUUCCAAGGCCCAAUCGCCAAACAUGUUGGUGCCUAUGGAGCUGAUCUGGGUCUUGAAGCUAUCACCUUCUUUGUUUGUAUCAGCUACCCGAUAUUCAGAUACCUCGAGGCGAAAAGGUGGCCCGAGCGGUUUGCUUGA